CUAGAAGAAGCAUCUUUAUCCCACUGCCCACUUGUUUUUGUAUAUUCAUAUCAGUUUUAUGCCCAAUGUUUCACCCGUUUCGUUCUUUGGGCUAAUCCGGAUCCGGAGAUCAGUUAUGGGUGAUUACUGAUUAGGUUCCAGUUCCCUCCCGAUUGUUGUUAUAAAAGAUCGAACACGGAUCCAUCGUACCAAGUAUAAUCUCAAUCACCACUAUAAUAACAAUCAUUUGAUAACGUGUCAAUUAUUCUUAAACGGAGAACCGACAAAUCAAGCAGUUGAUGCACUAAUUUACAAAGGGAGUGCAAAACAUGGAGUAAAGUAUUUAUUCUCUCAAAAAAAAGUAUUCAUAAAAAUUGUCAACAAAACUUUUGGUCCACAUUCUCGACCACACCCCAACAAUACCAACACCAUCAUCAAUAAACCAAAACUAAAAUUCAACCAAUCAUCCAAACCUCCAAUUCCACCCACAAAAAAAUAAAGAAGAAAAAAAAAAGUUGCAAAAAAAAAAAAACCCUUGAAUCUUUCUUUCAUAUCUUUCCAUUUUCAAUAGCAAUGAAAGAAGAACAGAUCCAACCCAAAAACCCACUUCCCCAUUUCUGGGGCACAACCCCAGAAGAAGACUACUACACUCAACAAGGCAUCAAAUCAACCCAAUCUUACUUCACCACACCAUCUGGUCUAACCCUCUUCACCAGAUCAUGGCACCCACUUUCUCUCUCUCCUCCACGUGGCAUCAUCUGUAUGGUCCAUGGCUAUGGCAAUGACAUCAGCUGGACCUUCCAAUCCACCCCUAUUUUCCUUGCUCAAAAUGGGUUUUCCUGUUUUGCCCUUGAUUUACCUGGUCAUGGUAAAUCUGAUGGCCUUAAAGCCUAUGUUCCUGACAUCAAUUUGGCCAUUAGUUGUUGUACCUCUUUUUUCGAGUCUGUGUUAGAAACCCAUUCGAUGCGUAAUCUGCCCGCCUUUCUCUUCGGAGAAUCUAUGGGCGGGGCCAUUUGCUUAUUGAUCAGUAUCAUGUACCCUGACAUGGGUUUCAGUGGCGCUGUUCUGAUCGCACCCAUGUGUAAAAUCUCUGAUAAAGUCAGACCCAGAUGGCCAAUCCCUGAAAUUCUGACAUUUAUUGGUAAAUUUGUACCAACUUUGGCAAUUGUACCUUCACCUGAUUUGUUACAUAAGUCUGUCAAAGUUCCUGAGAAGAAAGAAAUUGCUCUGAUGAACCCUUUAAGGUAUAAUGGGAAGCCAAGAUUAGGGACUGUUAUUGAACUAUUAAGGGUUACUGAUUAUUUGAGUCAAAAAUUGAAAGAUGUUACAAUACCUUUUAUUGUGCUACAUGGAGAGGCUGAUGUUGUGACUGAUCCUGAUGUGAGCCGGGCUCUUUACGAGGCGGCCGCGAGUGAUGAUAAGACGAUCAAGAUUUAUGAAGGAAUGGUGCAUUCUAUGUUGUUUGGGGAGACCGAUGAGAAUGUGGAGAUUGUUAGGAAUGAUAUAUUGUGUUGGUUGAAUGAUAGAUGCAAAAGGGAAGAUUGAUGGGGUUGAAGUUAUUUACUCCCUCCGUCCCUAAAUUAAAAGUCUCUUUCGCUUUAUUAUGUGAGUAAUAAAUGCUAGAAAGAGUCUUUAUAUUAAGGGACGGAGGAAGUAUUAUGGAGUAGAACAUUGUUUUUUAAAUUGAUUUGUGAAUGUAGCAAAAUUGAAUUGUAGUUACAUUGAAAUCAAGCUACUAAGCUACAAUGUGAAAUGUGAAUGUGUUAACUUUGAUGAUGGAUUAAAGAAAGAAAUUGGCAUAUUUGUGCAAUUUUUUAAA